AUGGCCGUCACACAAACAACCACCAUGUCCGAUUCCGAUCGAAAUAGCGCAAUACUAAAGCUCGGCACUGAAGACUUUGAACCUGCUGCACCUGAUUCGUCCCCUUCCGCCGUGUUCGACAUUUCGCCCGAGGCUGCAUUACACCUGCUAUGCGAGAAUAUCGAGCGACUAGCCGCCAUUUUCGCGAACACGCCUGCUGGCACAGACGAGUUAAACCCACACUCUUCAACGCCGCUGGAGUGUGAUACACCUGGUGAAGAUGGGGUGCUGGAGAUGAAACCAGUUGGAUUGCAUGUGAAGGGCGAUAAUGAGGUCUAUGAUCCUGCGCGCGCAACAGAAGAGGCAGUUCAGAUGGCCAUUCUUUCCAAGAAGUUUUUGUCCAAGAAGGUGCCGCCCAUUUCAUUGAAAGAGUAUCUGCUUCGAUUGCAUAAAUACUGUCCUAUGUCUACGGCGGUGUAUCUCGCGGCCAGUGUGUACAUAUCCAAGAUGACCCUUGUGGAGAAGGUGCUUAGGGUAUUGCCAAAGAAUAUGCAUAGGCUUGUUCUUGCAGGUGUUUGGGUUGCUAGUAAGGCUUUGGAGGACUUGAGUUAUUCUCAUAGUCGAGUUGCCAAGGUUGGGGGUGUCACUGAGCAGGAGUUGUCGAAACUUGAGAUCAGCUUUUGUUUCCUGGCGGAUUUUGAGCUGAGGGUUGAUGCCCGCAUGUUGAUGGAGGCCUCACGUCCUCAGUCUGACUUGAAAUGA